UGUCUGUGGUUUGUGACGGUGGAGGAAACUUUAAAAACUUUAAAUUGCAAUGAUGAAAUAAAUAAUUUAACUAACGUUAUGCAGGUCUCCAGUGAGCGUGUAAUAAAUUAUUUAACAUACAAUGUAGUACAACAUGAUAUAAAACGAAACACGACAAUAAAUCAUUAUUUUAUCAAGUGAUUACCCAAGAUGGACACAAUUGGUUAAUUUUAUAAAUAAGUGAUAAAGUUUUUAGUACAAAGUCUCGAGGCCAAGGAAGUGGACGUUUUAAAAUGUUCUGGUAUUUAUUUCUGACUGCGGGUUUUUUGUGUUUCCUGCAUAUAAUUUGUAAUUACAAUGGAAAAGCGAGGAAAAUUAGGAAAAUUCCGGGACCAAAGGAUUCGUUUAUAUUAGGAAAUGGCCCAGCUGUAAUGCGCUCCUCAGUUGCUCUCAUGGACUUAGCUAGGGAAUUGGCUAACAAUAAUUCUGGAAUAUACAGGCUCUGGAUUCCGCCAUUUGGUGCUGUCAAUAUUUACAACGCUAAUGAUGUUGAGAAAAUAGUUUCAAGUAUGAAGUUCAACGAAAAGAGUCAAGUCUACAGAGUCCUGAGGCCCUGGUUAAGAGAUGGUCUACUUGUGAGCAAAGGGUCAAAAUGGCAGGAGAGAAGAAAAAUACUGACGCCCACUUUCCAUUUCAAUAUUUUGCGUCAAUUUUGUCAAGUUAUGGAAGAAAAUGCGCAGCGUUUUGUGGCAAAUCUCAAGGAGGUUGCUGGUCGACCAGUAGAUGUAGCUCCUAUCAUCUCGGAAUUCACGCUUAGUUCAAUUUGCGAAACUGCAAUGGGUACCCGACUGAGUGAUUUGGGCACAUCAGAGAUGAACGCUUACAAAGACGCAAUAUACAACUUGGGAUACAUAUUCUACCAGAGAUUUAUCAAAGUAUUCUAUUUUGUUGACUUCAUAUUCAACCUAUCGCCACUGAGUAGGAUGCAGGAAGGGUAUCUCAAGACAGUACAUGGUUUCACUAAAAAGGUUAUACAAGAGAGGACCGAAUACAUUGACAAGUUUGGUGUACCUGAACAGGACAUAUCAGAAGAUGAUUAUGUGUACAAGAGAAAAAAGAAGACAGCCAUGUUAGAUUUAUUGAUUACCGCCAAAAAAGAAGGACUUAUCGACGAUAUUGGAGUACAAGAGGAAGUUGACACAUUUAUGUUCGAAGGUCACGAUACUACAGCGAGUGGAUUGACUUUUUGCUUCAUGCUUUUAGCUCACAACAAAGAUGCACAGGAAAAAAUUGUAGAUGAAUUGAAAGAAGUCUUGGGAGAUUUUAAACGUCCAAUCACAAUUGAAGAUCUUCCGAAGAUGAAGUAUUUGGAGCGAUGCGUCAAGGAAUCUUUGCGUCUGUAUCCACCAGUGCAUUUCAUCAGUCGAAGUUUGAACGAAGAUGUGACACUAAGUGACUACGUAGUACCAGCUGGAACAUUUUGCCACAUACAUAUCUACGACUUGCAUCGUCACCCAGACCUGUAUCCCAACCCAAACAAAUUCGACCCUGACAGAUUUCUUCCUGAGAACAGUGCUGGAAGACACCCCUAUGCUUACAUCCCCUUCAGUGCAGGGCCAAGAAAUUGUAUAGGUCAAAAAUUCGCCAUGAUGGAAAUGAAAAUGGCUGUAGCAGAGGUGCUACGGGAGUUUGUUCUGGAACCGGUCACCCAUCCUGACGACAUUCGGAUUAUUACUGACGUUGUACUGAGAAACGACGGUCCUGUUGAAGUCAUUUUUGUAAAACGACAGUAAUUUAAGGUUUUUCAUACGAGAAUUGUUAUUCUAUUUUUAGUUGUAAGAACUUAUAAUAUUACUGUGUAAAUAUUAUAAUUUUGUGAAAAUUAUUAAACUGACAUGUAUUAUGAAUGUUAUUAGUA